UUGAAGACAAUAUCGCAUCAAAUCUUGACUCUGAUGUCAACUCUGAUAUAAAUUUACGGCAAACCAACUGUUCAUUCAAUGAUCUCAAAUGUAUUAUAAGUCGAAACAGACUUUUUUCAAAUGCCAGUCAAAUAUUUAUUCAAACAAUUAGUGAAACCAAAAACUUGACAUUUGAAAGAAAUUGUACUUUCGGUCAGUCAUAUUUGGAUAUUAGACGACAUCAAUGUAUUGACUGCACGCAUAACUGUCCCGUAAACUCAAAAGUUGAUCAAAAAUGUAACGAAACUCAUGACACUCAAUGUGUUUGUAAUUCGGGAUAUUUUAUGGCCAGUGAUUUCACGUGCAAACAGUGCUCAACAUGUGAUCCAGGAUGGGGUAUUUGGCGUAGUUGUAGGGGUGCUCGAAACACGGUGUGCCGAAAGUGUCCUCCCGGCACCUUUUCUGGUGUCCAAACCGGUACUUUGGGCUGUAUUUUAUGCACGAAAUGUAAUUCAGAUGAAGUAAUGCUUGAAGAAUGCUCGGGAGUUCACGACUCUAUUUGUAUCGAUAAACGAAAACUUAAAUAUUCAUUGAAUGCCAUAAAAGAUGACGACUUUAUUGAAAAUACGGGAAAUUCAUUAUAUAUUUAUUUUGGACUUUUGAUUGCCAUUGUAUUGGUUUUAUUCGUAUAUAUUAUAUUUCAAUUGCGAUUCAAAACAAUAGUAAAGACUGAGUCAAACUUUAAUAGCCAACAGACCUUCAAAUAUCCGGUCAAUUAUCACAACAAUUAUAAUAAAGAAGUUCACUCUCAAAGACAGAGACAAUACAAUUAUAUUCCAGUAUUAUAA